CGUUUUUGAAAGCUUCGCUGGCUAAACAAGAAAAAACAUUCUCCAUGCAACAGCCCUAUGCAUUUUGGCACAACAAUUCUAAUGGGCUGAGAAGAUUUAGCGCACAGCGUGCUAACGGGUGGCGGCUGCUAUCGUGUGUCAAAAUUUACUACAAUAGCGUAUGAAACCAGCCUGAUUUUCUCCAUAGCCAGGCUGCCCAAAACGACUCGUGAGAAGUGGACGCAACGACUCUGUUGUCCAUCGAAGUAUCCAAAACAUAAUGAGGAAUAUCACCAUAACCACAACUUUUCGAUUCCUCAUUUUUGUGGCCUAUGAGGAGUUCCCGAAAGGCAUUCCAAUAAAUUCUACGCAAAUGCAACGACCAGCGUCAGCUUAUUCAGAAGGCGAUGAUGGAGCGGACAGUGCCUUGCAGGAGGAGUAUGACCGCCUACAAAAUCAACUGCGUAACAUACAAAAUGAACGGCAGAGACAGACAAACGAAGCAAACGUAAAAAUAGGUCGGUAUAAUAGCGAAAUAGAACUGCUUGAAGCGGAGAAUCGAGAACUAAACAUGCUGCUGUCGCUUAGCAAUAGCAGUCAAAAUAAGAAAAAAGAUAUGAAAGCGUUGGAAGAUUUGAAACAGCUGUUGGAACAACAAGAAGCCUUGCAGGAGAAAAUCGAUCAAACAAAAGCUCAUCAUAAGCAAUUGGAUUCAGAAAUUAGGAGUUUGGAAAAAAAGAUUUGUCAGAAACAGCAAGAACGAGCCAUUCAAGUUAAAAAUGAGAAGGAGGCUGGUGAAGAGAUAAACCAACUGGAAAAAAGAACGCUUAAUAUGGAAGCAAAUUUACAUACAAAAACGUCAAAAUUUUGUGAGACUUUAGCCAACAAUGACCGAACUCGGGGUGACAUUGAAAAGCUGUUGAACGAGCGGAGGAUGUACGUUGCACUUCACAAGCGGUUAACGGAAAAGUUAAAUGACAUAAACAAAAUGAAGGCAAAGUUAACACAACAUGCCGCCGCAGCUUUCGAUCAAAGAGAAGAAGCCAACACACGAAUUCAGACGUUGAAAGAGAAGAACGAAAAAGAUCGCCUUGCCUAUGAAGCAGAAGUCCGGGAACUUCAACGAAUAAUUGAUUAUAACGCUCAGUUGCAACAUUUUAUGCUCGUGAAAUCAAACGAACGUCUUGAAUGGAAACAAGAGGCUGAAGAACGGAAGCGAAAGCAUGGUGCGACGGGAGAAAUUGCGCAACGGCAACAACGCCAAAAACUCGAAGAAUACGAAGUCUCCAUGUCUCGCAUAAUGACAUGCACAGGGAAGGAAGAUGUAUCAGAGAUGGUCAAAGUUUACCUCGUGAACGAGGAUCAAAAUUUCACUACUUUCAACUAUGUCACUGAAGUGAACAAUCAGAUUGAAGAUUUGAAGGCGGAACUGGAGCGGAUACGUCGGGAUACUGAUGAAUGUCAAUCCAAUCGUGAAGAGCAGCAGCGUCAAAAACACCAAAUCAUGCACAAAUAUGAGGUUCAAAUGAACUCAGACAAGGAGGCUUCUGAUGCUGCUGAAUUGCGUACAGCACAAAUUCGAAAGAUUCUUGAUCAAGUGAAAUCACAAGUGAAACAUUUGGCGCAAAAACUGGGUUGUGAUACCUCAAAGAUUGUCGAGAUGAUGGAGCGUGCGACGGGAGAAAUUGCGCAACGGCAACAACGCCAAAAACUCGAAGAAUACGAAGUCUCCAUGUCUCGCAUAAUGACAUGCACAGGGAAGGAAGAUGUAUCAGAGAUGGUCAAAGUUUACCUCGUGAACGAGGAUCAAAAUUUCACUACUUUCAACUAUGUCACUGAAGUGAACAAUCAGAUUGAAGAUUUGAAGGCGGAACUGGAGCGGAUACGUCGGGAUACUGAUGAAUGUCAAUCCAAUCGUGAAGAGCAGCAGCGUCAAAAACACCAAAUCAUGCACAAAUAUGAGGUUCAAAUGAACUCAGACAAGGAGGCUUCUGAUGCUGCUGAAUUGCGUACAGCACAAAUUCGAAAGAUUCUUGAUCAAGUGAAAUCACAAGUGAAACAUUUGGCGCAAAAACUGGGUUGUGAUACCUCAAAGAUUGUCGAGAUGAUGGGCGGCGAUGGGGCAGAAGUUACCGAACGGAACCUAAUGCUUUACAUAAGUGUGCUUGAACAAAGAGUGGACGAGCUUUUGUCGGUAAAGUGCUAUAAUUCAUCAAAAAGUGAUGAGCGUCAGGACAAACCAACUCAUGAAUCCUCAUUAACACUACUCGAAGUACCUCAUGUGGAAAAAGAAAUUACGGCUUCACUGCCAUCAUUAUCUGAUGAAGAUGACGAAAACGGCGAGAGCGUUCAUAGUUCCAUACGUCCGUUCACCCAAGCCGAAAUUCUUCAUCGGGUAACGCGGGAUUUGCAAAGGUACGCUGCUAGUACUGGCGCCGAACAGCACAAGCAACACGCACCCAGUCGACACACGGGAAACGGCCACAAAGGCAAAAAUAAUCAACAUGCGAAAAUGGCUAUAAUCGUCGAGUAAACUGAACGGAUUUUUGCAAACUCAUUCCCCAACAGCCCCUUAUGAAAAAUCGUCUGCCUCCUCUGACUACUUGUGCUUUGUACCCAUUUGACCAUUUAAU